AGAAAGAAGAAGAAGAACAACAAAACUCAGAGAAGAAGAAACCUAAAUUUACAGAGAGAUAGAUGAUGAUGAAGAUGCGGGGUGGAUCCACCAUGUUUGCCAAGUAUUGUCGGAAAGGGCAACAGUACUCCUCCUCCUCGUCUAACAACAACAACAACAAUACAGUUCGUGAACUCAAAACCUCGAGGGAGCUUAGUGAGGCAUUCGUUGGAAUGGUGGCAAGACGAAUUCCAGACGCCAUCGAGUCUAUUGUUUUCAAAACAGGAAUUUUCUACUUUGGAUACACAGCAGCUACAUAUAACUCCCCAUACAAUCCAGAAAAGUAUGUUUCCGAGAGAGAGGAAUUGUCUGCCAAGCGGCAGGAGCUGGAGAAGAAGAAGGAAGCGUUGAUUGCUAAGAAGAUGCAAAUCUCCAACCCAGUUUAGCAGUAUUUGUAAUUUAUCUCUAUGGCUUGUUGUGUCUCUUGUAAACUUCUUAACUAGCUAGCUUGAUGGUGGA